UUGACACAUUUGGAAGUUGUGUGUCCUCAGUGUUUGUCCUGCCAGAACAAACACAAACAACAGCAGCUUCCACUGUGAACAUGGAGGAGAGAGAGGAAACCGUCGCGGUCAAACGAGGAGCAGAGGAGAGGAAGCUGCGUUCUCGCGAUGCAGCCAGAUGCAGGCGGAGUCAGGAAACUGGAGUGUUUUAUGAACUUGCUCACACUCUGCCGCUCCCCCGCCGAGUCUGCACGCACCUGGACAAAUCCGCCAUCAUGAGAGCCGCCCUUAGCUUCCUGCGGAUGCACCGCCUCCUCCGACCUGCAGUCGAGCACCGGUUUCUGCUGUUGCUCGACAUCGGUGUAAACUGUGAGAAGCAGCAGGAGGAGGACUCUGUAGAGGAGGAGGAUCCAAUGGAUGCUUUCUGUCCUCAGGCGCUGGCUGGCUUCAUCAUAGUGAUGACUGAGGAGGGAGACAUGAUUUACCUGACUGAAAACGUCAGCAGACACAUCGGCAUCACACAGACAGUUGUUGCUGUUUGUUGUUUUCAGCUGGAGCUGCUGGGUCAGAGUAUUUAUGACUUUGUUCAUCCCUGUGAUCAGGAGGAGCUCCGAGACCUGCUGACCCCAGGUUUGAGUAAGAAACCACUGGCAGAACAGCUGAAUGAGAGGGACUUCUUCCUGCGCAUGAAGAGCACUCUGACCAGCAGGGGGCACACCGUCAACAUCAAGUCUGCUGUAUGGAAGGUCCUCCAUUGUGCAGGUCGUAUGCUUCAGCCGGGGGGCGGCUGCACGUCGCCGCCUGGUGGCAGAGUGAUGACCCUGCUGUGUGAACCCAUCCCCCACCCGUCCAGCGUGGAGUUCCCUCUGGAUGCACGCACCUUCCUCACCCGUCACAGCAUGGACCUGCGCUUCACACACUGCGAGGGCAGGGUGACAGAGUUGGUGAGAUACAAACCUGAGGAUCUGAUUGGUCGCUCAGCCUACGAGUUUCAUCAUGCGCUCGACUCUGAUCACGUCAAAAAGAGCCUGCACACACUGCUGUCCAAAGGUCAGGUGAGCACCAGACACUAUCGUUUCCUGGCCAACAGAGGUGGAUUUGUGUGGGCCGAGACUCAGGCGACCGUCCUCUACAGCAGCAAGACGUCGCAGCCGGAGGCCGUCGUCUGCCUCAACUUCAUACUCAGUGGCAUAGAGCAGCCAGACGUUGUUUUCUCCAUGGAGCAGAUCCGUUGUGGCGGGGUGGCUGAAGCUGAACCCCUCUCACCAGCACUUCCACCAGAAGAUUGUGUGACUUGUGACAGUGAGCGUCAGACUCAGGACGCAGUUUUGAUUCCCAGCAGCUCUGCAGAUCUCUUCUUCAGACUGAAAGAGGAGCUGCAGGAGCAUCUCCAGUUGCCUCCCGAGGCCGGAGACGUAAUCGUCUCACCGACAGGAGCAUUUGUUGAGCUGUCGUUUGUCAGUCCGCCCAGUCCAGACUCAGUGCCGGACCACCCUCAGGACCUGAGCACUCCACAGCUGCGGCAGCUCCUCUCACACAUCUUCAGCCCCAACACCCCACCUUCAUCAUCAUCAUCAGCCUCCUCAUCUGAUGCUGAGCAGAGUCCCAGUGAGGAAGAGUUAAUGGACACCAGCGAGAUGGAGAAUUUGUUUGCCGUCAGGCCAGAAGAUGAACAGAAGUAUGGACAAACACUGGAGGAGGCGAUGGAUCUGGAUUUGUUGGCUCCGUAUAUCUCUAUGGACGAUGACUUCCAGCUGACCGUCCUCAGCAGUUUGCCAGAGGAAGCCGCCAAACUUCCGUUCUCUUGGUCUGAUUCCUCAACUGUAUCGCCUGCAGUCACAGUGAGAAAGAAACGGUGUCAUAACGCAGACGAUGAGCUGCCGUCCCAGCUGAUGAUUCAGGACAAGAGACAGAAACAGGAUCCUUCCUCACCAGAAGAGGAACAACUUCUCAGCCACAGACUGCCGGGCUGUCUGGAGGAAACUGACCAAUCAGAGUCGUUCUUGGACCCGGUGCCUAGAGGGCGGACUCAGCUUCUCACAGACAGAGACCCUGUUUUAGGAGGCAUACAGGGACACUGUAAUCCUGCAGGUGUCAAACACACACACACACACACAUAGUUACAGAGAAACCUCUGUACAUGAACAGUGCCCAGACAUGUUUGUCAUUUGGAGUUAAAAGCAAAACCAUUAAAAAAGAAGUGACUCAGUCAGAAAUCCUGGCGAUCAGCGCUCUAACUGUGACAGUGAAGCUGUCUCCUGGAGUACAGUGGCCCUGAGAGCUGUGCACACUACAAAUUAAGAAAACAUCUCGAUCCAUAAACGACAUACUAUACAGUGAAUUAUUUUUUAAAUUUUGACAGCAUAGUAUCCACGACAUGUUAUGAAAUUGGGAGGCAUACUAUACUGUGAUAUUUGAUGAAUUUCAGGGGACAUAUCUAAUGAGGUUUUAUGAAUUCUGGCAACAUACUGUGCCAUGACUUUUUUUUUCAUGAUUUUGGGUGACAUACUACAUCAUGAAUUUUUGUAAUCAUUUUUCAUGGCAUACCAUACUAUGACGUUUUCACGUUGUGUUUGAAGACAAUAAUAAGACUUUUUUUUCAUGAUUUGAAACAACAUGCUGUACUGAGUUUUUCCUCAUAAUUUUUGAUGCCAUACUAUACUCUGACUUUCAUUCAUGGUUUUUUAGGAGAUGCUGUACUAUGACUUUUUCACAUAAUUUUGGAUGACAAACUAUACUUUGACUUUUUAAAAUAUUUUCGAUGACAUACUAUACUAUUUCUUUGUUUAUAAUUUACUAAGAUGCUAUAAUGUGGCUUUUUUCAUGAUUUCUGUCAACCUACCAUACUCUUACUUCUUUUACUAAUGAAACACACUUUACUAUGACUUUAGGCACGUCAUGGCAAGUGUUUGCACGUACAACUGUAUGUUUGUGUCUGUGUUGUAUGUUACAGUGGCUUUGAAUCCAAAACAAAUUUCCCGUUGGGACAAUAAAGUAUAACUUUCCUUA